UUUUCCUGUUCUCACAGUUGGGUCUGUGGUAACUUAAAAUUACAUCCUGUCUUGAAUUUUCUGCUCUAAGUUUAUCGGGUUUAUUUCUCUGCUUCACAUGAACUUAACUUGAUGGUUGAAGAAUUUUCAAUUUUACUAUUGGUGCUUGGAAUAGAUCUUUGGGAUAGUUCAGUUGACUUGAAUAAAGAAGGAAAAGCCAAAGAUCGAAGCUCAUAAUUUUCCUUCUGAUAUCUAUCCUUUUCUUUGUUUUUUUGUGUUUUCAGGCUUCAUCACUGACCAAUUUGGUUGUUUUCUUUCAUUUUCUACAUCAUUGUCCAUCGUUUUAACGUUUCCCCUGGUUUUGGUCUUUAUAAUGGUUCAGAGAACCAUUUAAAAGCGCAUUUAUCCUAUUUUCUGCAAAUUAAUUUUCGAAUUUAUUCAUCUGGGUCCUAUUGCCUGGACAACAAAAGGGGAAGAUUACUGCACCAGAAAAAUACUAUUAAUAAUAUUAUGCCGAAUGGAUAUAAAACCUUAGUUGAACGGUGCAGUUUGGCUUUAUCCAUAUUUUGCAUCUGUAUUGCAAUAUAGCCUUGUUCAUGCGGUUUGGCCUUUUCAGAAUUGUUUCUUUAUGUAAAUCAAUUAUUGCCCCCUUUUUUUUGCUGUUUAGGAGUAGCAUUUAUGGAGGUGCAGCUGAAGGACUGUGAAGAUGCCUGAGAAGGUGGAAGAAUUUAACAUGGAGAAAGUGCUGGAGGAAUUUGAGAGGGUGACAAAGGAUGCUGAGAGGAUUCAAAGGGAAACUCUGAAAAGGAUUUUGGAAGAUAACGCUUCAGCUGAGUACUUGCAGAAUUUGGGACUGAAUGGGAGGACUGACCCUGAGAGUUUCAAGGCCUUUGUUCCACUGGUCACUCACAAAGAAUUGGAGCCUUAUAUCAACAGAAUACUUGAUGGUGAUUUUUCUUCUAUUCUCACUGGCAAGCCCAUCACAACCAUGUCUUUGAGUUCUGGCACUACUCAGGGAAAGCCAAAAUAUAUACCAUGGAAUGAUGAGUUGUUUGACACCACAUUGCAGAUAUACCACACCUCUUUUGCCUUUAGGAACCGGGAAUUUCCCAUAAACAAUGGCAAGGCCUUGAGCUUUAUCUAUAGCAGCAAGCAGUUCAAAACCAAAGGGGGUGUGUUGGCAGGAACAGCUACAACCAAUGUGUUCCGCAACCCAGGGUUCCGGCAUGCAAUGAAGGCCAUUCAAUCCCCAUGUUGCAGCCCUGAUGAAGUUAUAUUUGGUGCUGAUUUUCACCAAUCAUUGUACUGCCACCUCUUGUGUGGCCUGAUCUUGAGGGAAGAGGUUCAGUUGGUGUCUUCCACAUUUGCACACAGCAUUGUGUAUGCUUUUAGGACCUUUGAGCAGCUAUGGGAGGAGCUUUGUGUUGACAUCAGAGAAGGGGUCCUUAACAGCAAGGUCACAGUCCCAUCCAUUAGGACAGCCAUGUCUAAGCUUCUCAAACCUGACCCUGAGCUAGCCAACUUGAUCCACAAAAAGUGCAUGGGGCUGAGCAACUGGUAUGGCCUAAUACCAGAGCUGUUCCCUAAUGCUAAGUAUGUUUAUGGUAUCAUGACUGGGUCAAUGGAACCUUAUCUGAAAAAGUUGAGGCAUUAUGCUGGAGAGUUGCCUUUGUUGACUUCUGACUAUGGAUCUUCUGAAGGGUGGAUAGGAACGAAUGUGAAGCCAAGAGUGCCACCUGAAUUGGCCACUUACACUGUGCUUCCUCAAAUUGGCUACUUUGAGUUCAUCCCUCUGUCAGAGCUAGAGGGAACAAAGGGUGAUGAAACUUUCCUUUGUAUGGAUCCAAAGCCUGUGGGCCUCACUGAGGUGAAGUUAGGUGAGGAGUAUGAGAUUGUCAUCACCAAUCCAGCAGGCUUGUACCGGUACAGGCUCGGUGAUGUGGUCAAGGUUAUGGGGUUCCAUAACUCGGCUCCAGAAGUCAAGUUUGUUCGCCGUAGCAAUCUUCUGCUCAGCAUCAACAUUGACAAGAACACAGAGAAUGAUUUGCAGAUAGCUGUGGAAGCAGCAUCACAAGUUUUGGCAGGGGAGAAAUUGGAAGUUGUUGACUACACUAGCCACAUAGAUUUAUCCAAAGAGCCAGGACACUAUGUUAUCUUCUGGGAAAUCAGUGGUGAAGCAAGUGAAGACGUGCUUGGUGAAUGCUGCACCUGUUUGGACAAGUCUUUUGUUGAUGCUGGCUACACUAGUUCCCGCAAAGUCAACUGGAUUGGGGCCCUCGAACUCCGAGUCGUUCGGAGAGGAACAUUCCAGAAGAUUCUUGAGCAUUCCCUGGCUCUAGGAGCUGCUGUGAGCCAGUUCAAGACACCAAGAUGUGUAGGCCCUACAAACACCAAAGUGUUGCAAAUAUUGAAUGAAAAUGUUGUGAAGAACUAUCUCAGUACUGCCUUCAAUUGAAUAAAAUUUAGGAAUAGCUAUCUCUCUCUCUCCCCCCUCUAUAUAUAAAUAUAUAUAGUUUCCUUUGAAUUGAAUAAAACAUUUUACCUUAGUUCUUCUUUU